UUGCAACUGCUUCAAUUAGAUUAACCCAAUGGCAAUAUGCUAUCCUACGAUCUCAAUGAGCGUUUGCUGACUGCCGUUCACAGCGGCGACUUUGGUCAGGCCCUCAACUGCAUCAUUGAAGGUGCCCAGGCAACCUACGUAUCCUCCACUUGCGGUCGCACCGCUGUUGGCACCGCUGCCCUUUUAGGUGACGCUGAACUACUCGAGCUUCUCGUUCAAUCUUGUGAGGAGCCGCAACUGAAUCUAUUCCAUCCGACUCAUACGGAUUCUCUGGAGAUUGAAAGCACACCUGACGGCAUGGAGAAGUUGGAAUGGGUUGAUGAGUUUGAAGGCGAAAGCUGGUCAGAAGAUUCAAAUGGAGGAGGAGGAGGAGGAGUUGGAGCUGGCGAAGAUUCACAGCUAUAUCAUUACUAUGCCAAAACCUUUGAGAACACUGGCGAGUUUUUGAUGCAAUGUUGUCCCAAUUGCCGUCAACAAGAUCCACAUCUAUAUGACUCGGACUUGGCGACACCUCUUCACUACGCAGCCGCCUGGGGACAUUCCCAGUGCGUCGCUGUGCUGCUCAAACAUCAGGCACCCAUCAAUGUGGUCAACAGCGAGGGUUAUUCACCGCUCCAUGUGGGAGCCGGAUUUGCCGAGGUCACUCGGCUGCUGAUCAAGCAUGGAGCUCACGUUAAUGCGAAGACCUUGAGCGAUGGCAAGACGGCACUUCAUCUAGCCAUCGAGAAUCGUUGCACGCAGUCGGCGCAGCUGCUGCUCCAGACAAAUAUCAAUAUCAACGAAACGGAUGACGAGGGCGAGACACCACUGAUGAUGGCCAUCAUCUGUAAUCUCCAUGAGCUAGCUGUGGAUUUGAUCAAUCGUGGUGCUCGUAUCAAUCUCCAGGAUAAACGGGGAAGUACCGCACUAUAUUUUGCUGCAAUUGGAAGACAUCUGCUGUUGGCACAGCUACUGCUGGAUCGCGGUGCUCGAAGAUUACCAUCACAUCAUCUGCUGCAUCAUUGUGUUGGCUCACGUACCUCAGAUCUUGAUAUGGUGCAGUUGCUCCUGGAACAUGGAGAUAGUCUCAGUGUGCGGGACUACGAUAAUUGCACUCCGAUUAUGCUGGCCAUACAUCACCAGCUGCCCAAGAUGCUGUCCUAUAUGCUGGACCAGGCCGAGAAGCAACGUCGCCAGGGACUCUAUACGGAUGCCCAGGAUGAGGGUCUUCUACUCUUUGCCGUGCAGCAGAUCGAAGACAUUCAGGAAUUCUCUACCACACUCAGAAUACUGCUUGCCAAGUUGCCAAGUGCUCGUCGAGAUUUGUAUAGCUUUAAGACGCCAACUCUUGUGUGUGGAUUUGUCUACAGUGAGACACCUUUGGCUCGUGCCAUCAGCUUGCAGAGAUUCAAUAUUGCCCAACUGCUGAUAAGGGAGGGCUGCAAUCUCUCCCAGAUCUCUGCCGAGCAUGCUGUGAGCAAUCUACGCUCCGAUGUCUCCACACAGAGUUUAACAUUAGCUCGACUUUUGGCACAUGCUGGUUUGAAAUUUCCUUUGCCCUCCGAAAGCAGUUCAAAGGAGACUUAUGUUGAGCAGGAAUUGCGGCAGUUAAGCACACAACCUCACACGCUGCAAUCACUGUCCCGUCACGUGAUACGCCAGCAACUGUUGCUGUCGCUGCAGCAACAUCCAUCGCUCCACGAACAGUAUACGCCCACGGAGCAGAGCUCUACAUUGGCCCGUAUCGUGGAUGAGGCGCUGUGCAUGCCGAUGACUUUAAAGAAAUAUGUUAGCGAUUUUUCGGAGUUACCCACAAUUCGUGGGCCUCAAAUAGAACAUCGUCUCAUACGUUCCGUCGAGUCUUGGGAUUAGCAUUGACAACAACAGCAUGUGCAAAUUGUGUGCAAGUUCUAAAAUACAUUUAUUUUAUAAUU